AUGGUCGGUUUAUUACGAUCACUCUUCACGGCAGCACUAGCCCUUAGCACUCUCGCCAACGCCGCUGUCGUCCCCAUCGCCGGUCUUGACAAGCGCGAUGCCACGCCCGUUGCUGACCCCGUCGUAGUUGACUCUAAGGGCGUCAAUAUGCGAGUCACCCUCCGUGAUGGCAUCCUAAUCGCUGGCUAUUCCACUAUCGAGAACGGCCGAGCCUAUAUUCGCUCAGCCCAGUCUACCAAUAACGGCAAGUCGUGGACUCCCCUUGGUAUCGUAACAGACAGAGUUGCCUCGGAGACCGACUUGAGCAACGCGUUUCCCCUCAACGUCAACGGCCGGUUGCUCAUGGCCUUCCGAAACCACGACAAGGAUGCUUCAGGAAAACUGACCCAUUACCGACUCACCAUCUGCGAGUCGACUGAUGGCGGUGUUAAGUGGGACUUUCUUUCACAGCUUGAUGAGCGCGCCGCAGUCACGCCAAAGAACGGCCUAUGGGAACCCUUUUUGCGAAUUGCCAAGGACGGGUCUAUUCAAGCCUACUAUUCUGCCGAGAAUAAUGAUGGGGAUCAGGAUAAUAUCAUGAAAAGGUCCACCAACGGCGGCAAAGACUGGUCUUCAAUUAUCCCCGUCACUGGCUCUGCAGUCACAGCUCGUGAUGGCAUGAUGGGUGUCGCUGAAGUUGGUAGCAACCAGCUAAUGGUGGUCUUCGAAAGCCAGCUAUCAGGACACAUGGGCAUCUACGCCAUGAUAUCUACCAAUGACGGUGCGACCUGGGAAAGCCGCCGGCAGAUCUAUGCUGCCACCAGCGGCAACGAAGCUGGUGCUCCUCAGAUCAUUUAUGUUGGCAGCACUAUUGUCGUGAACUUCAUGAGCAAUGAGGCCAAGCCUGAGCUCCCUGAUGUCGAUGGUGGCGAGCAGAAGAUCAUUACCAGUACCAAUAACGGAGAAUCGUGGUCUGCCGCUCAGGUUUUAUCUGGCCUUGGGUCUCAUUGGCCUGGUCUACACACCAUUGACAGUUCUCAUUUCCUCUCUUUAUAUUCUUUCAACGGAAAGGGCCUCGUCAGUCAGGAAUUUACUCUUUAA